AUGUUCUCAGCCACACGACAUUGGCUGCGGAGGAAUCGAACAGGAAUCGCAAUUGGUGCUGCUGUAGUCAGUGGUACCUACCUAGUUGGACAUUAUGUUCUCGGCAAGAUCAACGAUGCUCGCGAGCGUGCUGCCCUGGACAAGGUCGCGAAGGAGAAUAUUCGGAUGAGAUUCGAACAAAACCAGGUCGAUUGCUCAAUAACAGUCCUCGCCCUCUUACCGACCUUGACAGAGAACGUCGUUGAUGCCCUUCCAGCCGAACAAUUGACCCAAGAGCUACAGCAGAAGAAAGCUGAGAGAUUACAGCGUGCUGCCGAUGGGGGCGCACCUUCAGAAGUAUCGUCUAUGCGCGAUGGAGAUACUGCGAGCUUAUCGAGCUUCCAGACUGGCAGCUUUAUGCAUACUAGCCAGCUGGAUCAGAGUGGUAUGCCUCAACAGAGAAGGACAAAAGCUCAGCUGUGGAACGAACUGAAGAUUACCUCAAUCGUGCGAGCAUUCACAUUGAUUUACUCUAUGUCCCUCCUCAUUCUGUUGACGCGAAUACAACUCAACUUGCUAGGACGAUUGAAUUACCUAUCAUCAGUUGUCAAAUUAUCACAGCCUCCAUCACCAGAAAGAGGGAACUCGAUAUCACUUGAGAAUCACGAAGAUUUGGGGAUAGCAAAUUUCGGAAAUGAUUUCGAGACAAAUCGCCGCUUCCUGACCUUUUCGUGGUAUCUGUUACACCGAGGCUUUACACAGAUAAUGGCCAAGGUGAGGACUGCGGUCGAGGAGGUCUUCGGCAACAUCUCACCUAACGAGGGUAUCUCACAGCAGAGGCUAAGCGAACUCGUCAUUGAAGUCAGAAAGAAAGUGGAAGGACCGACAGAACAGGACAGAUACAACACCAGAUGGCUGCCAUACGUGUUACCACCAAGGGAAGAGGAGGAGUCAGUGCUUGUAGAAUCGGGUGUCAUCACACCACCAAGCACUUCAUCGGCAAUAGAAGGUGAAUCACCACCAGAAUCUCAGCGCACUUCAUACGUCGACACCUCAAGUGGAUCGUUGAGGAGACUGCUUGAUGAGGCUGCCGACCUUGUCGACUCUCCAUCCUUCUCAAGACUACAUAUGCUCAUACUGAAUUCUAUGUUCUCUCGUCUGAUAGAUGGAAAAGUCAUUGCACAAUUCUUCCCACAUCAGAGUUCACCCCCUCCAUCGGAUACUUCAUCUCAUGCACCACGAAUACAAGAGCUCGAUUCAGCCGUCACUGUGGUACCAGAUCAACCGCGCGUUAAGCUCGCCUCGAUCCUUGCCAUUUUGACAAGACAAGCACAUAUUAUUGGAAAUGGAAGCAACCCACCAAAUGAAUAUCUGGCAGGUGUCGAUGCUGAGGUCAAAGAGCUGGACUCGUUUGCUGCAGUAAUUUACACGAGUAACAUCGAAGCUGGUAUCGAUCAGCAGCAGCAGAGCAUGAAUGAGGGAGGCAAGUUGAAGACUACAGAGGGAUUUGCUGUUUCUUCUGUUGGCGAGGCUCCAGUAGAGGAGUUGGUGAGCAGCAAAUUAGAAAGUGCUUGGGAGAAGGUUACAGGAAGCACGAUCGGAUCGCGGUAG